AUGUGUAAAUCAAUUAAGGAUGCUAGAAAUCUUUUCAAUGGGUUAGAAGCGUUGUAUAUCCAUUUUUCAAUCCCAUCAAAAAAUAUGAUGUUGGUUGAUAUACAAGAGAAACUUGGAAUUAAAAAAACAAAACUAUGUUCGAUUAGUGAUACAAGGUGGUCUUGCCGUUUUAAAAACUGCAAAAUGGUGAUGGAACAUUAUUCUUCUAUAAUAAAAGUUUUAAAAUAUGAAAUAGAUGAAAAUACUGACAAAAACGUUGCAAAUGCUAUAGGAAUCCUGUACACAAUGGAAAAAACUUCAUUUCUUGUGCAUUUGUUUGUUUUACAUGAGAUUUUACUUAUAAUUAAUAUACUAAGUAACAAACUCCAGGAAAAGACUGCAACGUUGGGUAAAGCAUCUCAAGUAAUAGAUUCUGUUAUUGCUACCCUAGAAGCUAAUCGCUGUGAAGAACAUUUUUUAACAAUUUGGACUCAAAUAACUGAAUUUUGUACAAAAAACCACAUACUGUUGGAGAUAUCCAUGAAUGGAUCUAAGAGAAAAAGAACACAGCCAAAUAAACUAAGUAAUUAUAUAACAGAAGUAAAUACUGGUGAAAGUGAAGAGCAGCAUAGCUCAAAUGAUAUUAUGACAUGCUAUCGUGUCAAGUAUUUUAUUAUUUUGGACACUGUAAUAAUGAAUCUUAAAAUGAGAUUUUCAAAAGAAAGUAUGGAGUUGGCUAAAAGUGUGGAUGGCUUUUUAAUGUUUGACUAUUCAAAAAGCCUUACAUUUAUAAACCAUUAUAAAAAUUUAUUGAAUAUCGAUUUGGAAAGUUUGAAGGCAGAAAUGAUGGUAGCACAAAAUCUUAAAAAACAAUCUACCGAUAAUAAAAUGAUGACACCUGCAGAAAUGGCUGAAAUUGUAUCACCUAACACUUUUCCAAACUUCGAUACUGUCUUAGAACAUUUUAUAGCUAAUAAUAAAAAUAGACGGAUAGAUCUUAAUAUGUAA